AGCGGCACAUCCCCUCCUCGGGCAGGAUGUACACGGCCGGGCUGGCUCCUUUCUACGCCUCCAACUUCAGUUUGUGGUCAGCGGCGUAUUGCUCUGCAUCUGGGCCGGCGGCCGGCGGCUGCUUCCCGCUGGACGCCGCGGCGGCGAAGAAGCCGUCCUUCUGCAUCGCCGACAUCCUUCACGCCGGCGGCGAGGCGGCGGCCGGAGCCGCCGACAGCCUGCCCGGGGGACCCGGCACCGGGAUGCCGGCCGCGCUGGGAGCCGUGCACCACGGUGGUCCCUUCCACGCCACGGCCUCGCCGCUCCGGCCCACGCCUGUCGUGGCCCCCGACGCCCCCGCCGCCGCCUUCCCGCCGCGCCUCUCGCCGGUCUCCGCCGCCUACCACUCCCACCACCACCGCCCCCCGCAGCACCGGUCCCCCACGGCGGCGGCAGCGGCGGCGGCGGGGGGCGGCGGAGGCGCCCCGGUCCCCGCCCGGCUGCCCGGCGGCCACACGCACAGCUCGGCGCCGGCGCCCGCUAGCAAGGACCUGAAAUUCGGCAUCGACCGCAUUUUAUCGGCGGAGUUUGACCCCAAAGUCAAGGAAGGCAACACGCUGAGAGAUCUGACCUCCUUAUUAACUACGAGCCGCCAAACUGGGGUUCAUCUCCCCAACUUGCAGCCUUCCGCCGGCCAGUUCUUCGCGUCUCUAGACCCCAUUAACGAGGCCUCCGCUAUCCUGGGUCCCUUAAACACAAACCCAAGGAGCUCAGUGCAGCACCAGUUUCAAGACACUUUUCCAGGUCCGUACGCAGUUCUAACCAAGGACACGCUGCCCCAGACGUACAAGAGGAAACGCUCCUGGUCCAGGGCUGUUUUUUCCAACCUGCAGAGGAAAGGUUUAGAAAAACGGUUCGAAAUCCAGAAGUAUGUCACCAAACCAGACAGGAAGCAACUGGCGGCGAUGCUGGGGCUGACAGAUGCUCAAGAUAACCAUGCCACCUUGUCAAACGCGGCCUCUUUACACAACCCAUUUGCUGCAUCGCAGAGUCAUAACGGCGGUGAUGGAUGGGCCGGGGACCCCCCCGGCGCCCCCCCGGCGAGGGCAGGAAUGCGGGCGGGCGGAGGCCCCGCGCCCGCGGCCGGCCCGCACCCCGCCGGCGACAAUUUAUGGUCUGUGUAUAUUUGCUGGCUCCAGAUAUCGGCAACUUAAUGGAUGGUUAUAUUUUAUGAAUCCGAGGCUCGGAUCUAGGGACUCGGGAGUCCCUUCCAUGUAUGGUGCACUCCUGUCUCACCCUUAAUCCGCCCGGCAGGCAAUAAACUUCCCCGCUAAAUGCGCUGGGAGAUAACAGAUAACUUUUAUUGAUUACAAGAAAAUGCUCGAAACUAAAUAAAAGGUUUUUAUGAGGAUCCCUGCGAAGACUCUGUUUCCCGCAACCAUUAAGCGCAAUAUCGACGUUUUACUGAGUGUAGACUGUGAACUUGUUUAGCCAUAAAGAUUGGAGCGGGCUGGAGGCAGAUGAAAAGCGCGAUGCUCGCCAAGAGGAGAGGAGCCGGGCUCGGAGAUGCCACCGGGCUGCCAAUCCGGAGGAGGGUGCCCGGUGACUUUCAGGACCCCCCUUCGGUCUCUCUCUCUUCUCCCUCGUUGAAGGCGUCUGGAACCUCUCCCAACCUGAAAACAAGGAGCGCUGGGGCGCAGCACCGGAGAUGCUCAGCCGGGAAAGAGGGAAAGGCACCUCACAGAGGCAUUUGUAGCGGGACCUGUGAAGAGUUAUAGCCCGGCCGUAUCCCGAGGGAAGCAUGCAGGGGAGUUCACUCGCAUUUUAAACUGGAUGAUGGUGGAAGGUUGCUUCAUCUUCCUCCUCUUCCCACAGGCCCGGGUGGGGGAGGUGCGAGAAAAGACGCGAAUUUAUGUGUUUUAUUGUAUUCUGACCGUCUUCUUUGUACACUCAGAGGGGUAAGGGGCUUUGGAGUCUCCGUCUGGAAGAGGGAAGAUAUUAGGGCGAGCGGGGAGGGGGAGGUUGAGUCUCCGUCUGGAAGAGGGAAGAUAUUAGGGCGGGCGGGGAGGGGGAGGUUCGUCAUCAGGCAGCCGGGCUCUGCUCAGGGACAAGGUAGAGACCUACCCGUGAUGGCUUCUCUCUCCCCCGGGGUGUGCACCUCCCCUCCCCUCCUCCUCCGCGUCCCUGACUUUGAAACAGCAGUGAACGCAUAAUUUUUUUCUUUUUUAAUGUUUGGGGGCGGCGCUCAGUCUUUUGAGCCCAAUCCUUUAAUAAAUUGCUUAAAGUGUUCCGUGGCUUCUUUACCGCUGGUAUUUCUGUCCAUAGGCAGUAGGCUCGGAAGUC